AUGCAGCUCGUCAUUUUGAUAUCGCUUCUCUCGGUGGCAGGUCUCUGCUCAUGUGAUUCUGAGUCUAUCAGUGGUCUCUCUCCAUGGGGCACUCUGCCUUCUCCGAACCUACCUAGCUGGAUUGAUUUCAUUGGUGUCAAUCAAUGGAACACAAACGCUCACCAGAACGUCGUCCCCUCAACCGGCAAGAUACGAAAAUACAACUUCGACAUCCGAAGAGAAUACGCAGCCCCCGAUGGCGUGAACAAAAGCGUGAUCCUCAUCAACGACCAAUACCCCGGUCCCCUAAUCGAAGCUGACUGGGGGGAUAUAAUUACCGUCACUGUAACCAACAAUAUAGACGUCGGGACCGAAGAAGGUGUAACUCUUCAUUGGCAUGGGUUGACUCAAAAGAAUACUCCCUGGAUGGACGGUGUGCCUGGAGUAACUCAGUGUCCUAUCGUUCCAGGUGGUAGUUUUACGUAUACCUUUCAAGCAGAUCAAUUCGGGAGCAGUUGGUAUCACUCGCACUACAGUGCACAGUACAACGAUGGUCUUUUCGGUCCUAUUGUCAUCCAUGGACCCGUUCAGUCCGGAUACAAUUAUGACUUUGACCUGGGACCCAUCAUGAUCUCAGAAUAUACACACACAAGUUACUAUGAAUCCUUGGAAAUGCUUUUUGAGUAUCCCCCGGCGUUCCCCAACGUUGAUAACAAUCUCAUCAACGGAAAGGGAGCUUUUGAUUGCCAAUCAAACUGCGACGAAGGUCCAAGUUUGGCCAAGUUCAAAUUUACAUCCGGUAAAAAGCACAGGUUACGGCUGAUCAAUACUGGCAUGACUGCUAAUCAAAAGUUUAGCAUUGAUGGUCAUGAAUUGACCGUCAUUGCAAAUGAUUUUGUGCCUGUUCAGCCCUACAAGACGAAUGUGGUUACCUUGGGCGUGGGUCAGAGAACCGACGUCAUUGUCGAAGCAACUGGAAACUCCAGUGGUGUAUAUUGGAUGCGUUCUGAUAUUGACAUGGAUUGUUUAAAUAUGACCUCCACCAUCCCCAACGCAACAGCAAUCAUCUAUUACGAACACGCCAAUCUAUCCGCCAUCCCAACUACAACCGCUACACCCUGGACCAGCAACGAGUGCAGAAAUGACCCUUUGGAAAGCACAGUGCCUUACUACCCCCAAACACCACCAACAUAUCCCGCAAUUACUCAGGAGCUUCUAAUCGAACUCAAGCCAAACGCCAGCGGUGCGUUCCUGAUGUACGUAAACAACGUCUCAACACGCGUCAACUAUGACAACUCAGUUCUCUUGGACGCAAAAGCCGGUAUACCUUCAUCUUCCCUAGACCCCGAACUAAGCAUCUACGACUUUGGAUCAAAUAGCAGUGUACGGAUGGUGAUUUACAAUACAUGGGGUCAACAACAUCCAAUGCACUUACAUGGACACAAUUUUUGGGUUUUGGCUGAAGGAAAGGGCACUUGGGAUGGGACCGUGACGAAUCCUAACAAUCCGCAGAGGCGGGAUACGCACCUUAUGAUGCCGGGAAGUACGGAUACGCCUUCUUAUAUUGUGCUGGAGUGGGAGCUGAAUAACCCCGGGGUGUGGCCUAUGCAUUGUCAUAUGUCUACGCAUGCCAGCGGUGGCUUGAUUAUCAACACUCUCGAACAACCUUCUUCCAUUCAAAAACAACUCAAGAUCCCUCGAGCUAUCCCCGAGACUUGUAUAAACUGGGCUUUCUUUGCGGGCCAUGACUACAUUGAUCAAAUUGACUCGGGGGUAUAG